UGUCAAAUAUAUGAUAAUAAUAAAGUCACAAUCACUUCAAUAACAAGUAUAAAAAUCCUUAAUUUACACAAUUAAUUCAUAGUUUUUAGUUAUAUGUCGUAAUAAUCAAGUAUGGCACAAAACGAAGCAGGACAAUCCACAGAUGAGGAGCCGCUGAAGCGUUUGUUUGAUGAUGCCAUGAAACUGUACGAUAGCAUAGAAAAUGGUAAUGAAGCGACCAACAGCGAUCCGGUACAGAUGAGCAUAAAAGCAGCUAUUUCCAAAUUUGAGAAGGCCACCAACAUGGUGUCCAUGCUAGGCAUGUUCAGCAGAAAUGAGAGCCUUGAGGAGUUGCCAACGGAGACACUACAGUACCUCUUAUUGCCCGUACUUUUAGGCACACUGAGUUUGAAGUUAUCUGGCCAACCACGAAAAGAAGUUAUUAAUGUAGCCGAAAUUUACUUCAGAGACUUCCUCCAGAGGUGUAAAGAUUAUGGUGUAACAGAUGUAGAGGUACCACAGACUAGUGACAAUAGUCAGGGCACAGUAUCCAGGCCACAGACUGAACAAGCCAAGAUUGCGAGCAUGGUAUUCACAAGAGAAGCAAAAAUCAAAAGGUACAAGGAACAGAAAGAGUUAAAAGAAAAGUUGAGCACAUUAUCAAAGUCAAUGUCCUCUCCCAAUGUGGAUGAUGAGACCAAGCGGGAGUACUUCACAACUCUACUACUCAAUUAUGUCAAUCAGGCAAUGGAAGAGUUAAGCAGUAUCGAGCAGGAGAAACCUAUACUUGAGUAUAUGGCGAAACAUGCUGGAGAGGCAAAGCCAACGAAAGACAAACCUCGAGCGCCUCCAUUAAAACCUGUCAUAAUCACUCGCGAUGCGAUACAGAAAGCAGUGUACGGAGCCGGCUACCCGUCGUUGCCCACCAUGACGGUGGAGGAGUUCUAUGACCAGAGAGUUAGGGACGGCGUGUUUCCUGGGAACGGUACUAAUAUACCGCACACAACUAUACAGACUGCUGAAACGGAUCCAGAUGACGCAGAGAAAAUUCAAAAAGAGCUUCUAGAAGAUGAUGACGACCCUGAAGAGUUACAGAGGAAGCGCAACAUGGACGAGUACAAGGACGAUCACCGUCGCGGCUGGGGGAAUAGAUACAACAGGAGUUAACAAUCAUGCCCCAAAUAUAAAACAUAUUUGGUGCAAUGCAGAAACU